UUUUUAAUCAUCACAGUAUUUACAAAUUUAUACAACCUAACUAAAAAUAAUAAAAAAAACAACGUGCGUACUGAUAACAUGACAUGAGUAAUCUACGAGAAUGUUACAGCAGGGAUGCCAGAUUUUGUGCAAAAUGUUUCAAUAAUAAUGACCAGAAUGACGUGUUUCAAUCUGAGAACGAGACGGACUGGCCAAAAAUGAGGGAGCGGUUUUCAUCCUUAGGAAUAACAAACUACAUCUCAAAUCGACACGGUACAGCAAUAGACAGAGAUAUAAUAGGAGGAGAAAACCAAACAAUGAGGGUUUUGGGAUUACGCACUCCGCCAGAAAAUGGAGACUCAGAUCCGUAUCCGACAGAGAACUUAUGUGUAUGCCCACUUGCAAAGUAUACUCCAGAGGAGUGGGACACAGUUCCACAGGAAGAGCCGCCUGAAAGAUUUGACAGUAUAUUGAUACACGGAAAUAGAGCAAAUGCUGGCGACUUGGAUGAAAAAGAGAUGCAAUGUAACUCUCCGCAGGCCGAAAUUUUAGAAGAAAAUUCCUCUCGACAGUCCACCAGCAAAAGGAAAAACAACGAGCAUCAACUAUCCGCUGAUGUAUCUCUGUGGGACUUGAGAAAAUCAUUUGAAAGCACAUCCGUCUCCUGUUCAGAUCCUGCAAGCUUAGACGACGAUUCUACUCCUCGUGUAUCAUCACCAGAAACAAUCCGGAAACGAGAUAACAAGUGUGAGACACAGAAUACAAAGAAAGAAUCAAUUGUGAACCAAGCGACGUCUGAGGAAUGCGACAAUGAAAUUAUUGUUCUCAAUGAUUCCAGUAACCAAAAUACACCAACUCGCCGAGCUAAUCACAAAGUCUCUCACACUCCAAGGAAAAGUAUACACACACUUCGUGACGUCAGGAAAAAAUGUAAAUGGUUUUCAAAAACUUGUUACGAUUCUCCUGUCGAUGACGACAUCGAGCUUCAGCCACGUAAUCUUAAUCUGUCGCGAACGACAGCGAUCGUUGAAAAUUGUAGCAGAGAUGGAUCUGAUAGAAGCAAAGAUGGUAAAACACAAAUGAAAUUGUUAAGUCCAACACGGGAUCAGACCAUAAGUUCAGGUAUACCAAUACCAGGUGAAUCAUCAUCUUGUUCCAUUACACCCGAUUCAAUAUCAUCGGAAUCAGCUUCUAAACAGACGACAAAUUCAUUUCCACAAGAUGAUACUACAUCUAAUGAAAGUUCCGAAGCAAGCAGCAAAUCGCCUAAAUCGGAUAGCAUACAAAAUUUAACACGAAUCUUUCGUCGAUCUCAUUUCAAGCAUCGAGUGCCUUCGCCGUCUUUCUGUGGAUAUUCUCUGGAAAGAGACUACUGCGUGGACGUCCAAACAGAUCGAAUUUUUAAAGAAUUCUUGAAGCCUGAUCCGAGCAUGACAAGUGACAGAACAAGUUGCUUCAGAAGACCACCAUCGUGUAGAAGUAAAACUGCAACACAGUUACGUCGCCAAGUAAUGAGGAAACAAUAUAGUGAUUCAGUUGCAGUUUAUUAUGGGCAACGUAUGCGUAGAUGGAGAGUCAAAAAACAGAGAAGCGAUAGCGUGAACUGCCCCGUUGAUCGAGCUGUUCUCAGAAGACAGGAGCAAAUUGACGAGGAAUAUUAUCCUAAUGAUUUGGAAGAAAUAUCGAACACUUCACGUGACAGCCGAAUUUUACCGGAACAAAAUGAACAUACACGGAGCCGGAAGUUUAGAUACCGCUCGCAAUCAACUGAUGUUGACCCUUGAACUUGUUUUCAAUCUUUCUUACCUUCUGGUGCUUUUCCGUUCACUCAACUGGGCUUUUAGGUACGGGUAUGCUAUGCAAGGAUGUGUCCUGCAAAAGUUUAUUCCUCAUGAUACGAUUUCUUAAGCAGAAAGUAAAUUUAUUUGUCCAGCUUUAAAUAUGAAUGGUCUGUACUCUGUACCUCGUUGUGUUUCAACAAAUCUCGUUUUGGAGCUUACUCUAUUUCUAGCAAAAUAUGAUUCACAUGAAAAGUCAUCGAACAUAAUAUGUUUCUAUCUUUUUAUUAUGUGUCUUAUUCUAUUUUUAUGUUGUUGGUGUUGCGUGGAAAACAUUGAAAACUACAAAGAUAUGCUGGAAAUUGAUUAAAAAAAUUAAGAUGA